CAUUUUUGUACGACAGAAUUCAAGCAGAAGCUAUGGAGGGGAACGACGAAAACCCAGAAGCUAUGUAGGGGAACGACGAAAACCCAGAAGCUAUGGAGGGGAACGACGAAAAUCCGGAAGCUAUGGAGGGGAAGGACGAAAACCCAGAAGCUAUGGAGGGGAACGACGAAGACCCAGAAGCUAUGGAGGAGAACGACGAAAACCGCAACUGCUGCGUUCGCUUAGCUGAUCCGAGGGACGGGGACUGUCGUUGUUGUGCUUCAGAAGAGGAGGGUCCUGACUAUCCUCCCAGUGCGCGCGUCUACAAUUGUUUAAAUAUAAUUUUUGGGUUCCUAACUUCUGUUUCCAUUAUAUUAGUAUCAUUCAAAUUAGGUACAGAUCUUCCAGCUAAUGGUAAUCGCUGCAAUGCGUCAUGUGGUUACCUGGCCAUCCCCAUUUUCUUUUUCAUUUUGACCGUGUUAACUUGUGUCUUACACCUGCGUGAGACUUGGUAUCUUUAAUGAGACACAAGUAGUAAGAUGUGGAGAAGAAGUAAUGAAGGAGAAGCUUUUUUAGUAUUAAUUUUACUGUUUUAGUUUUCUUGUUGUUAAGCUUUCAAUUUUGAAAGUAUUUUAGAGAUGCUCCUUAACUCUUUCAUUUAUUUUCUCUUGUUAAUCAAUAUAGUACCUAUUACUAAUAGGCAACAAAAAUUUCUUAUAUUCUGUCAAUUGUUUGAUCUAGAGUCUUGAUGUAGUAUCGUAUUGCUAAAUUUUCAAUUGAGUAAGUUGAAUUGAUUUUGAGAAGCUAUGGUUGUGGAGGCUUUAA